AUGUCAGCAAUUCGAUUUGGUUUUCAUGAAGAGAAAGGUCUUCGUCCUACGAUGGAAGAUGCUCAUAUUUUGUGUCCUUCGCUGACUAUCAACUUUGGAAUGAGUGCAAGUUUAUUUGCAAUUUUUGAUGGUCACGGUGGAGGACAAGUCGCUGAUUUUGUUGCAUUAAAUUUUGUAAAAGUUUUCGAAGAGGAAUGUAAAAAAGAAUUGGUUGAAAACGAAAGUGAUUAUCAUGAUGUUUCGAAAUGCUUAAUUCAAACAUGUGAAAGAGUGGACUGUGAUCUUUAUCAAUACUUUGAACUUUUAAAAAAGAGAAAAUUAAUAUCUGAAAAAGAUUUUCACUCUUGUGGAGCUGUUGGAAUUAUUGUGUUGAUUUUAAAUCAUGAGAAGGUGUUGUGUGCAAACUUGGGAGAUUGUCGAGCAUUGCUGUUUGCAAUUUCUAACUUAACGGAGAAGGAAUGCAACGAGUAUUCAUGUGAAAUGGUUGAAAUGUCAAGAGAUUUCAAAGCAGGUUAUGAGAAGGAACGAAUGUUGGAGUUAGGUGUCAAAGUAGUUCCAGGACUUCCUUCAAGAUCUUUUGGAGAUUUUCAAUACAAACAACCUCAAGUGAAAAUCACUCUCAACAAACCACACUUGGAGAAAAACGUCAUUCUUGCAACACCAGAGGUGAGAUCGUUCAAUUUGAAUGAAUACAAGAAAGGGAGCGUGGUUGAAAAUGGGCUGAAGAACGUGCUCAUCGUCAUGGCAUGUGAUGGAUUGUUUGACAAAAUAACAAACCAAGAGGUUCAACAGUUCGUGAUGGACCACAGACAUGAAAAAGAGGAAAUAUUCGCUCAAAGCUUGUGCCAAGCGGCUCUUGAAAAGAAAACCAAAGACAAUGUUUCUGUUGUGGUCAUUAGGUUGUGA